AUGACUGUGUUCUUUAAAACACUUAGAAAUCAUUGGAAGAAAACUACAGCUGGGAUCUGUCUGCUGACAUGGGGAAGCCAUUGGCUGUAUGGAAAACACUGUGAUAACCUGCUAAGGAGAGCCGCCUGCCAAGAAGCUCAGGUGUUUGGCAACCAACUCAUUCCUCCCAAUGCGCAAGUGAAGAAGGCCACGGUUUUUCUCAAUCCCGCAGCUUGCAAAGGCAAAGCCAGGACUCUAUUUGAAAAAAAUGCUGCCCCGAUUUUGCACUUAUCUGGCAUGGAUGUGACUGUCGUUAAGACUGAUUAUGAGGGCCAAGCCAAGAAACUCCUGGAACUGUUGGAAAACACAGAUGUGAUCAUUGUUGCAGGGGGAGAUGGGACACUGCAGGAGGUUAUUACUGGAGUUCUUCAAAGAGCAGAUGAGGCUUCCUUCAGUAAAAUCCCCAUUGGAUUUAUCCCACUGGGACAGACCAGUAGUUUGAGUCAUACUCUCUUUGCCGAAAGUGGAAACAAAGUCCAACAUAUUACAGAUGCUACACUUGCCAUUGUGAAAGGAGAGACCAUUCCACUCGAUGUCUUGCAGAUCAAGGGUGAAAAGGAAAAGCCCGUGUUUGCAGUGACCGGCCUUCGAUGGGGAUCCUUCAGAGACGCUGGCGUCAAAGUUAGCAAGUACUGGUACCUUGGUCCCCUAAAAACCAAAGCGGCUCACUUCUUCAGUACUCUUAAGGAGUGGCCUCAGACUCAUCAAGCCUCUAUCUCGUACACGGGACCCACAGAGAGACUUCCCAGUGGAGCAGAAGAGACCCCUCCCCGGCCCUCUUUGUACAGGAGAAUCCUGCGAAGGCUCGCGUCCUACUGGGCCCAACCGCAGGACGCCCUGUCCCAGGAGCUGAGCCCCGAGGUCUGGAAAGAAGUGCAGCUGUCCACCAUUGAACUGUCCAUCACCACACGGAACAGCCAGCUGGACCUGACGAGCAAAGAAGACUUCAUGAACAUCUGCAUUGAACCCGACACUGUCAGCAAAGGAGACUUCAUAACCAUAGGGUAA